AUGUCAAAUGGAAUAAAUAGUGCUGUAAUAAUCGACAAUGGUUCUUUAAAUCUCAAGGCUGGCUUUUGUGGGCAAAAGGAAUUGUUUGUGUCGUUUCCUAAUUUUGUUGGAACUCCAAAAUAUGAUCCGAUGUUAUCUUCAUUGUUAAAGUCAGUGUUUGUGGGAAAUGAGGCUUUUUGUAAAGUUUCAGUACUUAACAUCCAACGUCCAAUAGAAAAUGGUAAAGUUGUUAACUGGGAUUCAAUGGAACGAAUAUGGCACCAUACAUUGUACAAUGAACUCCGUGUCGAACCUUCAGAACACAGUAUUUUACUUACAGAAGACUUUAAAGAUUCCGGAGAGACGCGUGAGAAGAUGGCACAACUGAUGUUUGAGAAAUUUCAAGCGCCAUCUGUUUGCAUAGAGAAACCUGCUGUGUUGUCGAUGUACUCAUCUAAGAAGACAGCGGGUGUUAUUGUUGAAAGUGGGGAGGACGUUCUCAGAAUACUUCCAUUUUAUCAGUCAACUCCAGACAUUCACAAUUCUUAUUAUAACACGUUUGGUGGCAAAGAUGUGACUGAUACUCUGAAAGAGUUAAUUGAACAGCGCAUAUACACAUUCUCCACAUUUUCUGAAUGUGAGAUAGUGAGGGAUAUCAAAGAAAAGUUGUGUUAUGUAUCAAAAGACAUUGCAAAAGAGAGGAAGAAUAAAGAAGUCUUACUAAGUUAUGAAUUACCAGAUAACACGAUCAUUAGUAUUGGAAAGGAGUUGUAUGAAGCGCCAGAAGUUCUUUUCAGACCAAAAGAAAUCGGAGUUAGUUGUGACUCAAUACAGCAAGUAAUAGUAAAUACUAUUGAUAAGUGUGAUCCAAAACAUUAUAGAGAAUACUUUGACAACAUUAUAUUAUCAGGAGGUAACACAACAUUAAAAGGGUUUGAAGAACGUCUUAAUCAAGAAAUAAAGAGUCUUGUACCAUCUACAUCUAUUAAUAUUAUUGCUGAAGAAAAUAGAAAACAUUCUGCUUGUGUAGGUGGUACCCUUCUUGUGUCAACAUCAUCUUUUGAAAACAAAUGUGUUUCACUUCAUGAGUAUAAUGAAUGUGGCGGUUCAGCUCUUCUUUCAAAAUUGAUAAUUUAA